UUAAUUCACGUGAUUUGUUUAUCAGCUGUACUGGUGUACAAGUCUUGUGAUUGUACCUGCUGUAUAGUUGAAGUGCUGUGCAAAAUGAAUCAAAAUACAUUCAUUUCGUUUUUUAUUUUAGUUUCUGUAAUAUUUUUUGUUGUAACUGCAACGAAAAAUGUUGUUCCUGUCUUCUUAUGGGAAAAGAAUAGUAACGUUCCUCUAGUUCCUGCUCUACAACGAAUUAAUGCAAAAAGUUUUGGUAAUAUCCUUUUACAACAUUUUCAUGAAGAUAACCACCUCUUAGUAUUUGUGAAAGAUUCUUUAAGUAAAGAAGAUUUUAAUGCACUGAAAUCUGGAGAUGAAGUAUCAAGAACAAAAUUGGAUACUGUCAAAGAUGAUAAUGCUAUAAGUUAUUUCCCAUUUGUUCUUGAUCCUGUUGAUGCAGUCAAACAAAUUUAUCCUACUGCUCUGGAGAUUCCACUGUCCAAACUUUCAGAUGAUAUUUUAUUAAAUAAUAAGAUCAUUAUUGUAAGAUUGGAUGACCCUCAGAACAAAGAGGAUAAUUCGCAAAACUUUAAGUACCAUGCUUUAAAGGCCUUUGAAACAUAUGAUAAAGUUGCUCAAAGCCAUAAACAUGUAACCGGUAUUCUAACUGCCCUGAGAAGUUCUUGGAUUUCAUCAGAAGAUAAGGCAUUGAACAGAAAAGUAAGGGCUACUGAAGAUGGAGAAGCUGAUACACGUAUUGUAUUUAAAACAAACAAUACUAUUCUCUAUGUGAAUUCUCCCAUAAUUUUUUAUGCUAACGACCAAGUAACAUCCAUCUCAGCCGGCAGUAGUUUUAGUGACCAAGUCAGUAAUAGUACAAUAGUUGCUACAUUAACAGGAAGUGCAACAACUAUAACGUUUUUCUUUGAGUUAAUAAGUGGUUAUUGGUAUUUGAACAAUUUAACAGUUGUUUCUAGUGGUUCAGAAAGUGAUUUAGCUGUUAAAGAUGUUUAUGCCCCAACUGGCUUUUCAUAUGCUUGCAAUAAUUCUGUUUUUUAUGAAUAUACAAAUCAAAAUUACAAUUUAAGUUUACCAGGAUUUCAGAUUCAACCAUUUUUUGGUUCUAAUAAUAGUGGAUCUUUUGGGGAUCCUUACAACUGUGUUGGAUUUACAAGUAUUCCAAUUUGGUCUGGUCUUUUUGUUACAUUUAUUUUAGUCUUAAUAAUGACUUUUGGUCUAAUAUUUAUCUUUGAUAUUAAAACAAUGGACCGUUUUGAUGAUCCUAAAGGGAAAACUAUCACUGUUAAUGUUACAGAGUAAAAUCCCCUACCAUUUCGAAGUAGUAGUCACAGAAUUCAUGUAGAAUUGUUAUUGCCACUUUUGGUGGACCUUUAGGAUUGUGAUAUUGUUUCAAACAGCAUUUUCAGUUAAUUACAUGGAUAUUUCAUUUUUGUAAAUAGAGUAUUACAGUGUUAUAUUAUUUAAAUUAUUAUGUUAAAUAUUGAACUGUAUAAAUUAUUAAUCUAAAAACUUUCAUUAAAAGUGCCCUUAGAUGUUGAAAGGUUGACCGCUAGACAAUAGACUUUCGAAAAGUUUUGCGUGUACAAGUAUUGGACACUUAAUAGUAUUGUUGGCUCUAUAGUACUCCUUGCCUCUUAACCUGUAGACACUUGUUAAAGUAAUUAAAAAGACCUAUUUUGUAAAAUAUACCUCUUAGCGAAAUAAAUUGAUGUAAUAUGUA